GACUACAAUGAUGAAAUCCGACAAGCACAGUUGCAGGAAUUAACUUACUUGAAUGGUGGAUCAGAAAAUGCAGAAGUUCCAGUAGUCCGUGGAAAGCCUCCUUUAAGGGCACGGGGAGGCCUCUCUCCUGCUUUGGCAAGAGCCCGUGGGGGUGUGCUGCCACCACCCACAAGCAUUCCAAGGGGAGCACCAGCGCCCAGGGGAGUUCCCUCUGGCAGAGGUCCCGUCAGCCGCGGUCGUAGCCUUAUCACUCCCAGGGCAAGAGGAGUUCCUCCAUCUGCAGGUUACCGACCUCUUCCACCACCUCCAGCACAGGAUACGUACGGGGAAUAUGAAUAUGAUGAUGGAUAUGGCACUUCAUACGAUGAACAGAGCUAUGAUUCCUACGAUAACAGCUAUAGCACUUCGGCACAAAGGACAGGAAGAGUGGACCAACUCAAGACACAAGGCUCCUUCAGCAAGGGCAACAAAAGGAACCUACAGAGAGCAGCCAUAUGCAAGAUACUGAUUAUACUGUCCGAUGUUGUGAAAUGCCCAAUCUCCAGUCCUGUAAACUGUUCAAAGAGUCACAUGGAGUGUAUGGAGGCCAAAGAGACCUGUUUCUCUUCAUACUUCAGGAUUUUGGUCACUGAUACGGACAACUUCAAAAUCAUUUCCUCACCAAUGUGCCUCCGAAACUACAGCCAGCCUGUGUAUGAAACUCCAGUAUGAUUUCCUUUUUUUAUACUGCUUAUCGUUUCUAAACUUUGUAACACAAAUAGCUUUUUGGAUCUCUGUUUUAAAUCUUAAGUGUUUCAUCACUUACUGCUGUAUAUUUGUAGAGAUGUUAAUAAAAGGGCUUUUUUAUU